AUGCUUCAAAACGCCGACCAUACCUUGACUACUGCCACGUCUGUCAUCAACGCCCCGAGUUCGCCCUUGACAAUUUCCCCGACCGAGCGAAGAGGAUCUUCUCGGCCUUGCAAUGACCCUCAGUCAUCCCACCAAGAAGUUUCCGCGACUUCGUUAGUACAGAACUCACAUGCAGCCCUAUCGGAAAAGCCGUCCCUUCCAAACCAAUCUUUCCACCGACGUGCAAAUACCGAGGUUUUCGUUCGACGACAAUCGUAUUUGCCGGCCCGACAACUCUUUGCAGACCAGUCCAAGACACUGGAAGAUCUCGACAAUAGGGACAGACCCUCGAACCCGCCAACGGAGAAUCUCACUAGGAGGAAACUAGGAGAAGGUGCGAAGCUCUUCACAGGCUGGUUUCAGGGCAAGUCUGAACCAGUUAAUCUGGGAGUGAUGUCUCAGUCAGAGUCUGUAGAGACGUCGACGAUGGAUGCUCGCGAUUUCUAUGGAUCCCCUAGGGUCCCCACAUCGCGAGCACAGAAGCGUAUGACCGCUCCUUCACCUUUGAAGCAGGUGACCUCGUCAGGUCCUUUCUCUUUCUUUGGACUGAAGCGCCAGGAACCCAGAGCGGGGCUCCCCGAGCCUGCAGAUGAUGAAUUCCUGAAUUUGGACAUCGCCGCUGCUCUAUUCCCAACCCCAACUACGAGUCUCAGCGAACAAGAAGCUUUCGAUGCCCUGAGAAACAAUGCGGAGAACGUCAUAAAAAGGUUGCAGGCGGCCUAUAAGCAAAGAACGUUCGCCUUACAUGAGGCACUAGCCGACAAGAAUGAGAAACAAGAAGAGUUGGAGGAGACCCGGACGCGAGUUGGAAACCUGAAGAUACAGCUGGAUGGCAUGGCAGAGAAGGUAAAUCAACAAGAAAAGGCUAUGAAUGCCAUGGCGGAGGAGCUGGAACAGGAGAGACAAUUGCGCCAGAGAGAAGAUGAAGCGCGCUUGCGCAGUGUCAGGCUCAUCAGGUCUAGUGAUGAUGAGAGCAUUUCCGACCUGGGCGCUGAUCUUCAAACUCCCACCCGGAGCAUGAAGCGUGCUAGCAAUGCCACAUACGCCAGCGAUUCGGGCUUUGAUUCGGGGGACGAAAGCCUCGCAGAGAGCGUAUUUUCGCGCCGGGAAGGCCUCGAAUCACCGGCUUCCACAGUAGCUCCUUCUCCAAGUGUCUCUCAUAUCACAUUGCCCGCACCAGUAUCAACCCCUUUGAAAGAGAAAGAACUCAAGCCUGUCUCACAAACACCGACACCGCGGCAAUCGGCAUAUGACCGAGUGCUCAAAGGUAUUGCCAGCUCUUGGACGAGUAACUCCAAAUGUGGGAUCUGCCACGGAGUCCCUUCCUCUGAAGCUUGGAGCGUCCUAGGAAUUCUAAAGGAGGAAAACAAGGGCUUGAAGGAACGACUAGGUGAACUUGAAAUAGUCAUCGAUGACUGCCUGAUUCGCUUCCUUGAUCUAAUCAAGCCCUUUACGCCCCUCCUCCCGGAGGUGGCAGCUCCGGAGACCAAGGUGCCCUUCAACCAGAAGUUGAUGUGGACUGGGUUGACACUCCUGAUCUUCUUGGUCAUGAGCCAGAUGCCCCUCUAUGGUAUUGUCUCCUCUGACACUUCUGAUCCCCUGUACUGGCUGCGUAUGAUGUUGGCCAGUAACCGGGGUACCCUGAUGGAAUUGGGUAUCACUCCUAUCAUCUCUUCCGGCAUGGUUUUCCAGCUCCUCGCUGGUACCCACCUCAUCGAUGUCAACCUUGACCUCAAGACCGACCGUGAACUGUACCAGACCGCUCAGAAGCUUUUCGCGAUCAUCCUUUCCUUCGGUCAGGCUUGUGUCUACGUCUUGACUGGUCUUUAUGGUCAGCCAAGCGACCUUGGUGCCGGUAUCUGUGUCCUGCUGAUUGUUCAGCUUGUUGUUGCUGGUCUUGUUGUCAUCCUGUUGGAUGAGUUACUCCAGAAGGGAUACGGUCUUGGAAGCGGUAUUUCUCUGUUCAUUGCCACCAACAUUUGCGAGUCUAUUGUCUGGAAGGCUUUCUCUCCCACUACCAUCAACACUGGCCGUGGCCCCGAGUUCGAGGGUGCUAUCAUCGCUCUGUUCCAUCUUCUGUUGACCUGGUCCGACAAGCAGCGUGCUUUGCGUGAGGCUUUCUAUCGCCAGAACCUCCCUAAUGUCAUGAACCUGCUGGCUACUCUCCUUGUUUUCGCCGCCGUCAUCUACCUCCAGGGUUUCCGUGUGGAGAUCCCCGUCAAGUCCUCUCGCCAGCGUGGAAUGCGUGGAUCUUAUCCCGUUCGUCUCUUCUACACCUCUAACAUGCCUAUUAUGCUUCAGUCCGCCUUGUGCUCCAACAUCUUCCUCAUCAGCCAGAUGCUGUACUCGCGCUUCUCGGACAACCUUCUCGUCAAGCUUCUCGGAGUCUGGGAGCCUCGUGAGGGAUCCGCCCAGCUUUACGCUUCCUCCGGUAUUGCUUACUACAUGUCUCCUCCCCUCAACUUCAAGGAGGCUCUUCUCGACCCUAUCCACACUGCUGUUUACAUUACCUUCAUGCUGGUUGCUUGCGCCCUCUUCUCCAAGACCUGGAUUGAAGUCUCUGGCUCUGCCCCUCGUGACGUUGCCAAGCAGCUCAAGGACCAGGGUCUUGUGAUGGCCGGCCACCGUGAGCAGAGCAUGUACAAGGAGCUUAAGAGGGUUAUCCCUACUGCCGCUGCCUUCGGUGGUGCUUGCAUUGGUGCUCUUUCUGUUGCCUCCGACCUCCUCGGCGCUCUUGGUAGCGGUACUGGUAUCCUCCUUGCCGUGACCAUCAUUUACGGAUACUUUGAAAUCGCCGCUCGUGAAGGCGAUAUUGGUUCAGGCCUCAAGGGCCUUGUUCCUGGUAACUAA